UAGGACCUUCGACUUUCCAUAAGAGAGGAGGUCGCAAUUCCAGCUGCCGUCGACUUCUUCCCACUGUGCCCAGACCCCGUCCCGACCCUCGUACUCUUCAAGGUCCACUUUACAGCACAAGGUGGCAGGACGCAGAACAGACAGAGAGAAGACCGCAUAUUCCCGACAUAUACACCCAAACCCCCGGGAUUAAACAGCAAAUAUGGAGACACAGAGGCUCAAGCCCGGAGAAGUCAAUCUUGGGACGACGAUUAUGGCAGUGCAGUUUGCAGAUGGCGUUAUCAUCGGUGCCGAUUCCCGGACGACGACUGGAUCAUACAUCGCCAACAGGGUAACGGACAAACUCACCUGCGUACAUGAGCUCGUCUACUGCUGUCGAAGUGGAAGUGCUGCCGACACGCAAGCUGUGGCGGAUAUUGUUCAUUACCAUCUUCAACUCUACGCUGUGCAAGAAGGGGAAAGGCCCCCAGUUCGCGUGGCAGCAAAUCUCUUUCGCGAAAUGUGCUACCAAAACAAGGACAAUCUUUCAGCCGGUAUCAUCGUAGCUGGAUGGGACCAAUACGAAGGGCCUUCCGUCUACUCCGUCCCGCUUGGCGGAUCCAUUCACAAACAACCCUUCUCAAUUGGGGGAUCGGGCUCCACAUACAUCUACGGAUACUGUGAUGCAACGUAUAAGGAAGGGAUGACCAAGGAGGAGGCAAUUGUGUUUACCAAGAACUCGAUUGCCCUUGCCAUGUCUCGCGAUGGAUCAUCUGGAGGAGUCAUUCGUUUGGCUGUCAUCACGAAAGAUGGCGUGGAACGUAUCUUUGUGCCCGGGAACAAGCUUCCCCGCUUUUGGGAAGGUUAGUGGGGUGGAAAUGGAUCGUUCGUAUAGAAGACAUAUUGUACCAUACUCGAAAUUCGUUAAAAAGGAAAUCUAAACAUCAUUGAUGAAAA